UCGUUCCAUUUCUUAUCCCCUCCCCUCCCCUCCUCUCCUCUCCUCUUCUCUUCUCCCCAAUGGCUUCCCUCCUCACGCUCCCCUCCUCGCUCCCCCUCUCCAACCCCGCCGCCGCGCCGUCCCUGCGCCUCCGCGCCGCCGCCUUCCGCUGCUGGGCGCUGCGGCGCGCCGGCGGCCGGUGGGCGGCCGCGAGGGCCAUCGCGUCGCCCAACUCCGUGCUGAGCGAGCACGCGUUCAAGCGGCUGCAGCUCAGUGAUGAGGAGGAGGAGGGUGCGUACGGGAGUGACGAGGAGGGCGCCUACGGGAGCGGCGACGAGGAGGGGGGUGCCGAGGCGGGGGCUGGGGAGGGGGACGAGGACGAGCUCGCCAUUUCCAGGCUCGGCCUGCCCGACCAGCUCGUCUCCACGCUCGAGAAGCGCGGGAUUACCCACCUGUUCCCCAUCCAGAGGGCUGUACUCAUUCCAGCUCUUGAGGGUCGUGACCUGAUUGCUAGAGCAAAAACAGGAACUGGGAAGACGCUAGCCUUUGGAAUUCCCAUGAUUAAGCAAUUAAUUGAGGAGGACGAUGGGCAGAGUGUGAGACGAGGUCGCAUUCCUCGUGUUUUGGUUCUAGCACCUACUAGAGAGUUAGCCAAGCAAGUUGAGAAGGAAAUUAAGGAAUCAGCACCCAAGCUCGGCACAGUGUGCGUUUAUGGAGGUGUUUCGUACAAUGUCCAACAGAAUGCACUCUCUCGCGGUGUUGAUGUUGUUGUAGGAACACCUGGUCGCAUUAUCGAUUUGAUAAAUGGUGGAAGUCUUCAGUUGGGAGAAGUUAAGUACUUGGUUCUUGAUGAGGCUGAUCAAAUGCUUGCGGUUGGGUUUGAGGAAGAUGUGGAAACUAUAUUACAACAGCUGCCAGCGGAGAGGCAAAGCAUGCUUUUCUCUGCUACAAUGCCUAGUUGGGUGAAGAAGUUAUCUAGGCGGUACUUGAACAAUCCCUUGACAAUUGACUUGGUUGGCGAUCAAGAUGAAAAACUUGCUGAAGGAAUCAAACUCCAUGCUAUCCCACUUACAUCUACAUCAAAGCGCACUGUUCUUAGUGAUCUCAUUACGGUGUAUGCAAAGGGUGGGAAAACCAUUGUUUUCACUAAGACGAAACGAGAUGCAGAUGAGGUAUCACUGGCACUGACAAACAGUAUUGCUUCGGAGGCACUUCACGGUGAUAUUUCACAACAUCAGCGUGAGAGGACACUAAAUGGUUUUCGUCAAGGGAAAUUUACUGUUCUUGUAGCAACUGAUGUUGCUGCCCGUGGUCUUGAUAUACCGAAUGUUGAUUUGAUUAUCCAUUAUGAAUUGCCCAAUGAUCCAGAGACUUUUGUUCAUCGUUCUGGGCGCACUGGACGAGCUGGGAAAGCAGGAACUGCAAUCUUGAUGUUCACAAACAGCCAGAGAAGAACAGUUAGAUCACUUGAGCGUGAUGUUGGAUGCAGAUUUGAGUUCAUAAGUCCUCCAGCAAUUGAGGAAGUGCUGGAAUCCUCUGCUGAACAUGUCAUUGCUACUUUGCGAGGUGUGCAUGCAGAGUCGAUUCAGUACUUCAUUCCAGCAGCUGAGAGAUUGACAGAAGAGUUAGGACCUAAUGCUCUUGCUUCUGCAUUGGCACAUCUGAGUGGAUUUUCUCAGCCACCCUCUUCGCGUUCUCUGAUCAGUCAUGAGCAGGGAUGGGUAACUUUGCAACUAACUAGAGAACAAGGAUAUGGAAGGGGAUUCUUUUCUCCUAGAUCUGUUACUGGCUUUCUGUCUGAUGUUUCUUCAGCUGCCGCUGAUGAAGUUGGCAAAAUUUACCUGAUAGCAGAUGAGAGGGUACAAGGUGCAGUCUUUGAUUUACCUGAGGAGAUUGCGAAGGAUUUGCUUAGUAUGGAACUGCCCCCAGGAAACACCAUAACUAAAGUGACAAAGCUACCUGCAUUGCAGGAUGAUGGCCCUGCUACUGAUAGUUAUGGUCGGUUCUCAAACUCAGACCGGGGUUUCAGGAGCAGACGGACCAGGGGUGGCUCAAGAGGCGGACGUGGUGGUUGGGACUCCGAUGGUGAAGACAGAUUUCGCCGUGGUGGCCGGAGCUUCAGAUCCGACAACGAUAGUUGGUCAGAAAAAGAUGAUGACUGGAGUGGUGGGAGAAGAUCAAACCGUUCAUCAUCCUUUGGUGGCCGCUCAUCAUCUUACGGGAGCCGUAGCUCAUCAUCAUCCUUUGGUGGCCGCUCAUCAUCUUUUGGGGCUAGGGACAGCAGCAGGAGCUUCGGUGGUGCUUGCUUCAACUGUGGUGAAGCCGGGCACCGAGCAUCAGACUGCCCAAACAGGUAGACAGUAGAACCGACACUCUUCCCUGCCGCAUUGGGCUGCUCUUCCUGGGCUCGAUCAGGUUCCAACAAGCGGCUGGACGACUCAACACAUGCCAAGGAACACCAAAGCUGAUCCAACAUUAUACAUGCCCAACACUACUGCCUGCCCUGACGCAGAUUUUGCACUGGCUACUACAGCUGUGUGUCGUCGUGAAGAUUUUGGCACGCUGACCACCAAAGGAGAGCCUUCUGUUCAAUAUUCAUAUAUAAUACGGGUUUUUACAGGGACGUUUGCAAUGCUUGCUUAAUUUUUUGUUACCAACUGGGAGUUCUGUUCUCAAUAGGAUGUUAACAUUUAAAAAAACCUCGCGUACAGCUCGUUCCGUUACACGACUGAACUGGCUGGUGCCAUCAGAAACUGUUCACGCCCAAUUAGAUUCACCUGUUACUCUGUCAAAUGUCAACAACUUUUACACCUGGUUCA